AUGGCAAAGAAGGGUAAAAGAAAGAACAAGAGCAAGCAGUCUCAGAUUACUUCCAAUACAGGCACAAUAGCAGGAGACAAUACGUCAGUUAACCAGAAUGAGACAAUUAAUGAUCCCGCUGAGGUGACCGCAGAUGUAACUAAACCUGACGACUUGAAUACAGAGGAGGUUGCUGACCAUGAUACAACAGCUGAGAGAGCAGAUGAGGAUAAUUUGAAUACGUCAAUUACAGGGGAUGCUAGUGCAGUACCUGCUUCCGCGGGUGAUGUUCCAGAGGAAAUAUCCUCAAAUAUCGCUAACGAGGAGCAGGAACUCGAUUUGAAUACUUUGCCCAAUCUAAAAGUUGAUAGGGAAGUUAAUGAGGAUUUAUCAGCGAAAGAGGGUGGACAAAUUGAGGCUGAAGUGCCCACGAAUAAACUUGAAACAGAGAUCAAUGAAACCGUGGAAAGUAUUUCCCAAUUAAAGGAAAGCGAGAAGGGGAACAAAGUCCCAAGAUCACCACAUGCCGACCCAGAUAUAGCAACUGAUACCCAUGAUAAUGAUCUGAAUAAAGAUGCUCAAGACGGAAUUGUAAGUGGCACGACUGUGAAACAGGAUGUUGAAAUUGGGAAAAACGUUGACCAGUUGAAUGAAUCUCAGUCAGAUUUACACAUUGAUGACUUUGAUAUCACAAGCGAGGAUUUAAUUGAUGAGGAUAAUUUAAACAAGACUGGAAUAGACGAAAGCGGAAACGCUUUUUCAGAGGAACCGUUAGAGCUUGAGGUGACAAAGAAAAAUGUAGAAGACAUUGGCAAGUCAAAAGAGUCAGAUGCCGAAGAAGAAGUCGUACCCUCCCAGAAAAAUAUUGAAAAUUAUUCCCUGACUAGCCCCAAAAAGGAUAAGGACACCUCUCUUGGAUCUGUUGGAAUAGCAGCAGAAUCCACUCAGGACGAGCUUGAAGAGAUAGAUUUCAACUCCCAACCUGUUACAGAGGAGGAACCUAUUACCAAGGCCGACGAGGCAGAAAUUGCCGAUAAGGAAUCUCAUAAUGAAACCAAUUAUAGACCUGAAGAGGAAAGUGUAAAUAAUGUGGAGGAUGAUGCAAACAUAAAGAGUAAUGAGGAUAAUGAGUCAAAGUCCGUUUCUGGAGUUGUCGACCAUGACAGAGAAGAGACGCCAGAAAACUCUGCCCGUCCUACGCAAACUCUGAAUGAAGUUGACGCAGCACCACCACCACUUCCAGUUCGAAAUGACGAGGGGAGUAAGAACUUGGAGCCCGCGAUCGUCAGUCCGCCUCCCUUACCUAUGAGAAGUACUUCGACACCAAAACAGCCCUCAAAUGGGUUUAAACGUGACGGUGAACCGUCUGAUAAUGGUAUUCCCAAUGCCUGGACACCUGCAGCCUCUUUACUGGAGACGAAGACGCCAAUAAGUAACAGAAGCUUCGGUAACUUUGAGAAUUAUGCAACGCCCGCUCGUUCCAGAUUUAUCUCUACUUCCUCUAAUCAAAUGAGUCCGGUCGACCCUACUAUCGCUGAUGUUAAUCUUAUCGUUAAUAGGUUUCGUGUGGCAAGCGAACAAAUUGGAGACGUCAACCCAUCUGUGAGGGAAGGGAUAGAGGCGGGUCACUCUUUACUGAUAUCGUCUUAUACUCAAUUACUGUCUCACCACGACGAGGGAAGUAACGAGGAGCCAGUCGCUGUGGAGGACCUUGAGUUGAAGGAGCUAAGCACUACUGAUUGGACUUUUUGGACGGGUGUUGUCAACAAUUUUGCUACGGUAGCAAAUCAGAGCCCUGAUAAAUUGGAGGAGGAGAUCACGAGGGGUAUUCCGAGACGGAUUAGAGGUAUCAUCUGGCAACUAAUCGCUAGCUCUAAAUCGCAGGAAAUUGAGGAUUUGUAUCAGACUCUUUUCUCUACAGAGAGUUCACACGAGAGCAAUAUUAAGAGAGAUCUCCAACGGACAAAUUUUAUCCCACAGGAUAAAGUGGACUCGCUAUUCAAUAUAUUAAGGGUGUAUUCAAUUUUUGAUCCGGAUGUUGGAUACACACAGGGGAUGGCGUUUAUCGCGACCCCAUUAUUAUUAAACUGCAACUCAGAAGCGGAGGCCUUUGGACUACUGAUAGCUCUAAUGAAAAACUACAACGUGAGGAGUUUCUUUCUACCGGAGAUGCCGGGACUAAUGUUAAUGAUGUAUCAAUUUGACAGGUUGUUAGAGGAAAACGUUCCUACGCUGUCCAAUCAUUUGCAAAGAGAGGGGGUACGGUCCAGCAUGUACGCGACACAAUGGUUCCUGACGGUGUUUGCUUACAAGUUUCCUCUGGAGUUUGUGUUACGGAUAUUCGAUAUCAUCUUUUUCGAAGGUAUUGAAUCGCUGUUGAAGUUUGCUGUGAAUUUGAUGAUAAAGAACGAGGAGUCGCUAGUGACGCUACGGUUUGACAAGUUACUGACGUUUUUGAAAAAUGAACUGUUUGAGUACUACCUGCGGGAGCCGAGUGAUGCUGAAUCUGUUGUACAGACUGACCUCGAGGCGUCCGUGAAGGGGAUGUCGAGCGCGGAGGUGGUGUUGGACCACGGACACGCUUACGAGUACCAUGUAGACUUGUUUGUCCGGGAUGCGAUGAACGACGUGCACAUCACGCCAAUAUCGUUGAACAGGUACGCGUCAGAGUACGAGGACUUGCAUCAACUGGAACGGGUGAAGCAAGACGAGUUCGAGUCCCUGCGGGUGAAGAACUUCCAGUUGGAAAAGGAGGCGUCUAAGCUGAGCCACGAGUACGCGCUUCUUGACGAGGAGCAUAUAUCUAUAGCGAAGGAGCUUAUACAGUACCGGCUGGAUACCGAGACUUUGCUCGAUGAAAACAGGGACCUGACAAAGAACGUCGAAACAUUGGAGACGCAGCUGUCCGAUCUGAAGGCCAAACAGAGCGUUCCGAACCCUGAUGCGGCGCUGCCUGUGGACUUACGGGGGGACCUGGAGAGGACAAUGAAGCGGAACACGGAGGUGGUUGCCCUGAAUUCCCAGUUGCAGGACCGCAUCGACGAUUUGGAACACACCGUGAGGCGGCUAAUCUUCGAAAACAAGAAAUACGCGGGGAGACAAAAUGCUGUGGACCCCCCCGUGGGUGAUGCCACACAGACUGCCUCUACUACGGACGGGGGAGACCCCAGGGAGAGGACAAGCACCACAUCCACAUUAAGCAGUGGCUGGUCAGGUUUCAAGAAGGUCUUCAAGAAGUAG